GUGGACGUGUGGUCCUUCGGCGUGAUUCUCUACGCGCUGCUCUGCGGGUCUCUUCCUUUCGACGAUGAGCACGUGCCCAAUUUGUUCAAGAAGAUCAAACACGGUAGCUUCACCCUCCCCGGCCACUUGAGCCUCUGGAGCCGCGACUUGCUGCUGCAGAUGCUCGCCGUAGACCCCAGCCGCCGCAUUCGUUUGGGGGCCAUCAAAAGCCACCCGUGGUUUCAAGAGCUGCCGCAGUAUUUGCUGCUGCUGCGGCCUGCUGCAGCAGCAGCAGCAACUCCCGACGCCCUCGUCCUCAACCAAAUGGCCAAACUGGGGUACGACGUGAGCGACCCUUCGGUGUUUCGAAGAGGCCUCGUGGGGUUUCCGAGAAGCCGCGAGGCUGUGGCUUAUCAGCUGCUGUCGGACCGCCGCCGCAAGCAAAUAGCGCUUUCUGGAGCAGUCGCGGAGGAGCUGCCCACUUUCCCCUUCAGCGUGGUGCAGCGCCUGAGCCUCCGCUGCUGCGGAGGGGCUCCUUCUCGUGCUGCUGCUGCUUCGCUGCUGUCGCUGCAGCA